AGCGGACGGCACCCGCGACCCCCAAUAAGCACGGAACCCUAGCCCAAACCCCCCCCCCUUCUUCCUCCACUUGACGCCUCUCCGCCUCUGCUCCUUCCGCCGCCGCCGCCGCGUGUCCUCUACAGGUAAGAAGGAGAGGAAGAGGGCGAAAUGGUGAAGCACAACAACGUUAUCCCCAACGGGCACUUCAAGAAGCACUGGCAGAACUAUGUCAAGACAUGGUUCAACCAGCCCGCCCGCAAGCAGAGGCGCCGCAUCGCUCGUCAAAAGAAGGCUGUGAAGAUAUUCCCACGCCCAACUGCUGGCCCUCUUCGCCCCAUUGUGCAAUGCCAAACUCUCAAGUACAACAUGAAGUCAAGGGCUGGUAGAGGCUUUACCCUUGAGGAGCUGAAGGCAGCAGGCAUUCCAAAGAAGCUUGCCCCGACCAUUGGCAUUUCCGUGGAUCACCGCCGCAAGAACAAAUCCCUCGAGGGACUGCAGGCCAAUGUCCAGAGGCUUAAGACAUACAAGGCCAAGCUGGUUAUCUUCCCAAGGCGUGCUCGCAAGGUCAAGGCUGGUGACUCUACUGUGGAGGAGCUUGCUACCGUCACCCAGGUCCAGGGUGACUACAUGCCUAUUACUCGUGGUGAGAAGCGCUCAGUCGAGGUUGUGAAGGUUACUGACGAGAUGAAGUCGUUUGCGGCCUACGGCAAGCUCCGCCUUGAGCGGAUGAACAAGAAACACCAGGGUGCCCGCCAGAAGAAGGCCGCUGAGGCGGAGAAGGACGAGAAGAAGUGAAGCAGGUAUACAUAAUAGAGAUAGUACCCUGUUUUUCUCCGAUGCAGCCACUAGUGGAUUGAUACUACCGUCAAGUGCUUGUUCUUAAGUUUUUAUUUUUUGGUGCUGGAAAUAGAGACCAGACUAUAGUUUUGUUGCCCAACUGCUUUAUACCUGUUACUUGGUAACUUGGUUGCAAACUCAUCACCUAUUUUCGUCUCUAAUGGCUCCUAGGUUUCUUGCCAACUUGUGCGUUUCUGAAAUUG